AUGCCGCCGCCGCCGGUGUCUGCCAUGACCAACAACGGCGACCUGGUGGCGACGGCGUGCGAGAAAGCCAAGGGCCACGAGGCGCACCACUACCUACGGGCUCGGGCUGACGGCGUGGCGCUGUUCGACUACCUGGAGUGCGCCGGCAGGGUGAUGGACGCGGCGGGGGACUGCUGGCAGCGCGUGUCGUACGAGGAUGGCGCUCUGAAGCGGGCGCUGUGGAACGACGCCGUCGACGUCGCCAACCGCGCCAACCUCGCCCAAGCCUUGAUCGAGCAGAUGGUCGACUUCCCGGACGAUCAUGAAUAUCGCCAUGUUAAUGUAUAA